GAUUGCUCAGGCCUGGGCAGACUCCAGCCUUGUGUCUUUAAGGAGCUGGCUCGUCCGUUGUCAACAGGCUGCGCGCGGACACGAGCCGUCGAAAGUACUCGGAACGUGGAAGUGACUCGAAACGUGAACGUGUCGAGAGAAAAUAACGUCAACUCGCUUCGGAAGUUCAGUGUUUUGCCCGUCGUUUUCAGACUUAAAGUGAAACCCCCGCUGGCACACGAAGCACAUUCACUGAGCAUCAUGGCCAUGUGAAACUUGACUCUUCAGAAGCAGAUGCGAGUCCCAGGCUGGAUUGAAUGGCAGUGAGGAUCCAAGCCCGGGGACUGUGUGUGAAAGUGUAAUCUCUGCAGAGGAAAUUAGAUGAGGAAGUGACACGACUCGAGCAAAUAGUUUAACCAGUUAAAUGUUUGGCGAUCCUGACUCAAAACGUCUAGAGCAAGACUCAGUGGGAGUACUGCAAUGACCAGUCGGCAUCUUGGCCAUGCAGAGAGCGUUAAUUCCACAGACAAACAGCCAUCUGCUGUGGCCCCCAAGCUCCAUGUACAGCGAUCGCUGUCAAAGGACAACAUCACAAUCCACUUCUCAGCCUUUGGGAAGGAGGAGGAGGAGGAGGAGGAAGAAGAGCUGUACAGUACAUCUGUGGCCACUACCUCAACCGUGCAGGAUGCCUCAAAUAUCGUGACAGCCGUAGAAGCCAGCGAGGUGAUGUUUGAAGGAGUGCAGAUGGACUCUGCAGCCAAGGUUGCUGUAAUUCCUGAAACAUCCAGACUUUCUCCUGUGUCGAGACAUCACAAUGUCAGUUCUCCCACACAAUCUCCAUCAAGGUGUACUGCUGAGCAAAAAGGCUUAUUUUCCAGCUCCUCCCCCACUAAAUCUUUGAGCUUUCCCUCAAGUGAAAAACCUUUUCUCAGUUUGGUAAAGUCUCUUUCCUCGGAAGCCCCUGAGACUCAUGACAGAGUAUCUUCUGUUCCUGCUACAUCAGUGACGCACAGGCAUCUCAUGAAGACUCUCGUCAAGUCUUUAUCUUCAGAUGCAUCCCAGGACUCCUCCUCAUCAACAUCCUACCGUCUUCCAGAAUCCCGCCUUAACCUGCAACUUUUCAAGCAAUUCACACAGUCCCGGAUGCCCUCUGCUUCCAUGUUGUCAGCUGGUGACUCUAAAACUGCCCCUUCCUCUCCUUUGACCUCAACCGAUAGCCGCAGCUUCUUCAAAGUCUCAGAUGUCGAGGCACGAAUUGAAGACACUAAGCGUCGUUUCUCUGAAGUCAUCUCAGAACCGCUCCAGAUGCUGAGUAAGAUCAUCGAUGAAAAGAGCAGCAGCUUGGUUAGCGGCAGCAUUUACCGGCCAAAGGCCCUCUCUGUCAGUGCCUCAGAGCUCUCCAACAUUUCUUCUAUCAAUGGUCACCUGGAGAGUAACAACAAUAAUUGCAUCAAGGAGGAAGAAGGAGGCUGGGAGGAUGAGAGCUCCAACAGUGGGGCCUCUGGUCCACCUGAAGCCCUGGUUCCCUCCUCUGUGGACAGUAAGAGCCUCAACCCACCAUCUUUACUUUCUAUUUCAUUGGAAAAUUGUUCUAUGUCUGCUCUUGCUAAACAGGAGGAUGAGGACUUUUGCAUCCUGCACAGUGAGGACUUUGAAACUUGUACUGACACAGAAGGAGAUGGAAGUGAUAUAACUGAUGAUACUGGAACUGGAAGUCAAACCAAAGUGCUACUAAGUGGUAGUACUGAACCGUGCAGUGAAGAUGAAUCUGAAAGUACUGUUCCAGUACCUAGUGUCCCUCACUAUACUCUCAUCACCCUCACUGUAAUGGUCUAUGGGUACUUUGUGUUACCUCUGCCCACCUAUAUUGGAGGAAUGCUACUCGGGGUUGGGCUUGGAUUUCUGUUAGCCAUCGGAGUAGUGUGGCUAACAGGACCAAGACCUUCUGGUGGUUUUAGAAAUUCCAGACACCAUGGGAAACUUUGGAAUCUGACCAGGUUGGAAAUUAAGGAACCAGAAAUCUACAAGGGCUGGAUGAAUGAGAUAUCAAACUACGACCCAGAGACGUACCACGCCACACUGACCCACUCUGUCUUUGUCCGGUUGGAGGGCUCCAUCAUUCGUCUGUCUAAGCCCAACCACAACAUCCCCCGCCGAGCUGCACACAAUGAGCCAAAACCCGAUGUCAACUACAUCAGUCAGAAGAUCUAUGACGUUACCAACAGCAAGGUAUACCUAAUGCCUCUGAGCCUGGCCAGGAAGCGUGUGUGGAACAAAAAAUACCCUAUCUGUAUCCAGCUUGGUAAACAAGAUGACUUCAUGUCAAAGGCCGAGGGGUGGGAUGCCGAUGAGGGCACGAGCAUAAGGGACAGAGGAGAGGGCAGUGGAGGACCACAGGAGCGAGGAUCUGCAUCUUCAUCCAGUAGAGACCUGACCCUUUACUUGUUUGCAAGGACUGGAAGGGAGAAGGAGGAGUGGUUCCAGCGGUUCCUCUCAUCUUCCAAGCUCAAGGCCGACUUGAAGAAAUCUCCCAGUGUUGCAGGGAGUAAAAGUGGUCAGAGCGCUCACAGCCGCAGCAGCAGCCGCAGCAGUCUGGACGAGCUUCUUAAUUCUCAACCAAGGCCAAAGGACUCCUCAGUCCCCACAACAGCAGCAGGUAGUGCCAAAACCAAGUCGAUGUUGGACUACAGUGUCUAUAUGGCCAGUUUACUGCCAGAACAGGUGACAGUCAGCCCUACAACUGCCAGCCCUGCUGUACUGAGUCCUCAGAGCAGCCCGGGAGCUGACAAGAAGCUUCAGAACAGCACUUCAGCUCAGGUGCAGCCCAGAGGGGAGGAGGAGGCUGUUGCCUGGGUGAAUGCUGCUCUUGGUCGGGUCUUCUGGGACUUUCUGAAUGAACCUUACUGGGCUGAACUGGUCUCCAAGAAGAUUCAGAUGAAGCUCAGCAAGAUACGGCUGCCUUACUUCAUGAACGAGCUUACCCUGACAGAACUGGACAUGGGCUCAGCCACUCCUAAAAUCCUUUGGGCAUCCAAGCCUUCAAUUGACUACAGAGGGCUGUGGUUCGACCUGGAGAUUUCUUACAGUGGCUCCUUCCUGAUGACCUUGGAGACUAAGAUGAACCUAAUUCGCCUGGGCAAGGAGGGAGAGAGCCACCGCUUAGGGGAAGAGGGCAAAGAUGGAUGCAGGCCACGGACUUACUGUCUGGCUGAUAGUGAUGAAGAGUCGUCCAGCGCAGGCUCAUCAGAUGAGGAAGACUCCUCCGAGCUCUCGAAUGACUCUGCAGGAGCCGAAGGUUUGGUUGGAGGCCACAAGCCGAGCAAGAUCAUGCGCUUUGUGGACAAGAUUACCAAGUCCAAAUACUUCCAGAAGGCCACAGAGACGGAGUUCAUCAAAAAGAAGAUGGAAGAAGUGUCCAACACACCCCUCCUGCUCACAGUAGAGGUGCAGGAACUGCAAGGAAUGCUGGCUGUCAACAUACCCCCUCCACCCACUGACAGAAUAUGGUAUGGCUUUAGGAAGCCACCUCACCUGGAACUGAAGGCGCGACCGAAGCUUGGAGAAAGAGAAGUCACUUUGCCUCAUGUUACAGACUGGAUAGAGAAAAAACUGAACCAGGAAUUCCAGAAAGUCUUUGUAAUGCCAAACAUGGACGAUGUGUGGCUGACCAUCAUGCAUACUGCCAUGGACCCUCGCACAGCCAGUGGACCAUCAGUUGUCUCCACAGGUGACACUGAGCCUUCACAGCCAGAGAGUGACAGCUGCAGCCAGCCAUAAAGAUUGUUUACAGUAUUUCCAAGAGCUUAUGAAGUCAAGAGAUGCAAACUGGAGCCAAAGUCGAUAUGUCAGACACUACUAUAAUACAGCCACAUUCCCGGGGGGUGAAUUGAAAGGGUUAUGGUAGAGUUGACCAAGAAAUACACUUUAUGACACACUAACUGUUGCUUGCUGCUCUGUUUAGUAGUAUUUACGGUGCCAGAGGAAAGGGUGACUUGUCUUUGAAGGAUUUAUAUAAUAACAAGGACCUAUUAAAUAGGGACAGAUAUGUGAAGAGAGUUGUGUGAGGUUUAAGUUAAUAAGUAUAUAUGUGGAUACAGAAGUUUAUAUUGUCCUUAAUGAACACUGAUGUGGAAGCAUUCACCAGAUACCUUACAGCCUGCAGAUGAGUCUUUGCUGCAGCUUGAAAGUGCGAUUGUGCAUCGUAGCCCCUUUUUAUAAUAGAAAAACAGCAAGUGGUGAUUUACAGUAUGAUAGUAUGUUGUGAAUGAUUACUGAGUGGAGGAGACAUGCAGGUUCCAUUGUUGAGGAUUAAUUGUAAGUAGGAGAAGGAAAGAAAAGUAUAUUUACAAAGCAGAAACACUUGGUGUUUUGUUUAUUAGCCAUAAAAUGUUAAACUUUUAAGUUGCUUUAUCUGAGCAGUUUUUGAUCAGGUGUUAACUAACAGUAUUAAUUUGUGCUGUGACCACACCCUGAACACCCCCUAAUCAUUUGCCAAACCCCUCUUUGUAUACCAAUGAUGCCGUUAAUCAUAUCUAUAUGAAAAUAUUGCUCAAGCGCAAACAGACGUUAUGUAGAGGGAAGCAUCAUUCACUCUGUAAAUUCCACUCUAAUGAAAACAAGUGCAAUGACAGAAACGCUACACAGGCUUUAGUAUGAUACUGUAUAGACAUGAUAUUAAAGUUUUUUCUGAUGAGAAGCACGAGGCCUCUUAACACAUCUAUUGAAUGUAUGUAUGAAUAUUUACUUUCUUUUGUUAAUGUAUGAAGUGGGUUAUGCUAAUUAUUGCACAAAUACAAGUGAAAUAUUUCUUUAUUUAUGAUAAACACACUCAUCUUGCAUUUAUUUUCCCAAAUGUGUCUUUCAACCAUUAUGUUGAUGAAGUGGUGUGUAAAUCUAUUCAUCAGUUAUACAUUAUGGGCGGUAAUGUCGAUAAUGAUGUUGGAAGUAAUUUUACAUGACCAUUUUCUAUACGCGACAAUGCUUUCAUAAUACUCUACCUGCCAUACUGAAUUCAGAAAGACACACAGCUUGGGAAAUAAUACUUGGGUGAAGUGAGUAUACAUACUCUGUAGUAGAGCAUUUAUUUCGAAGAAUGUAUAGUCUUAUUAACAGAUAUCCUUUUUGAGACGGCCGUUUAACGCUGUUUCUAAUCUUAACCAAAGUCCUCUGAUUGAGCCGACCGCACCAGAUCUCUCAUCUCGAAGGUACACACCCUGCAUUGGUAUUGAUGUUGAAGGUAACAUUUCCAAAUGUGCUACAGUAACUGCAUUAACAUUGUUUACAGGAAAUUAUUACCUAGUUUUCAAUUAUUGCUCUUGACACUGUCUAAUGGAAUUUAUUUAAUUUUUUUCUGUAUAAUUGACUUAGCCUUUAUGCCCUGACUACUUUUUGAUGAGUAUUUGUUUUGAAUGACUACAUGAGGUUUGCUGAGGUUGUAUUUUUUUUUCUGCAUCUUUGAAAUAAACAGAAUCAAAAUAAGAAUUUUGAGGAUACAUGAAGGUUGUGUUAUGAUUUGUAUCCGUGGGUUAUGAGUUUUUAGAAUGUAAAAUUGUAUUUUAAGGCCAAAUUCAGUGAUUACAUGUAUCUGCCUUAUUUAUAGAGCUAAAUAAAUCCGUUGAUGAAAAAAUA